UUGGAUUGAUAAAAACAGCCACAUUUUUGUAAAAGAAAUCGGUCAAUAAACAAUAAAUAAGAAAUAGUCCCUCCUAUGAGUUAGAGAGUAGAGAACACAUCAGUUCAGUUCAAUCUCAGAACCUGAAAUCAAAUAACUGAUAACUUAAGGCAAUCAGAAAUAUACAUAUAAAGUAAGCUAAUAAGUUCUGGGAAUAUAAAGUAAACUGAUAAGUUCAGGGAACUAAGAGCACGCUGAAAUGAAGCUCUCAGAAUUUCUGGAUUUGGAAGUUAAGGCACCUGUAGAUGAUGUUGAAAAAGGACAGAAAUGUAACAGUCCGCCUACACAUGUCCAUGUGAAUUGGAAUAGACAAGCGUUUCAUAAACGAAAAUAUGGCGACAGAUUGAGUCAUCAUGGUGAAGUUGGUAUGACACCAGCCGUCAAUUUGGAGCAGCUUGUACCCGUGAACUGUGAAUCACCAAAGCAACGAGAAAAGGAUGAUGUUUACGCUAACAUACGAAUCAGUCUAAAGAGGAAUCGUCUCCACGACAAACAAGCUCCACCUAGAAGACAUACGAGUAAGAAACCGACUCCAGUAAUUCCUGCCAAACAGUAUAGCCAACCUAAUAUCUAUGUGACAGACAAUCCUGGUAGAACAGAUCUAGAUGACAUGGCGAAUGAUAGACACGCAGAGAGGGACCACACUCUAAAUUAUACAGAAGUCUUCUUUGAUGAUACAGAGCCUACUUUUACCAAGCCUAUUAUUCGUGAUGAGAGCAGAGUGCAAUAUUCUGAGAUAGUUCCGAUAUCAUUCCUGAAAAAGCAGACGACAGAACAUGGACAUGCGCAGUCCAAAGCACCCACUCUAGAAGUAAAACAAGAAGACACUGGCUUACCUCUCUAUGAAAAUCUCAGACAACAAACUCCAAAUGCAUGUUAUGAAAAUGUAACAGUCGGCGAAAACAUAAAUAAAAAUAAUGAAGUCUUCCUAUACGAAGUGACAGACAAUCAUAACGGGACCAAAGAGCGUCAACCGGGACUCACCGUGCAAGCAGGGGACAGAGUGCAAUCCGGAAAUAUAGAGGGACAAGAGUGGACUUUCUGUGUGAUGUGCCAUAAAAACAACAAUACUGAUGAACCACCAGCUGAAGGAUGGUUACCAUGCAGAUUAUUGAAGCGAUACAAAGCAGGCAGUAUAGAAAAAUCCAGGUUUUCCAUUCCAAUCGUGAAGGAGCCUGCUAAACCAUUGAAAGCGCCACCUAUUGCUAAACCUAGAUCACCAAAAAGUCAACCAACUACUCUGGAAUUACUUAGCCCAACGUAUCAACCUGGUCAAAAAUCAAGCCUAGGCAAUAUUCAUCAAGAGUUGGAGGAAAGACUUCGUCGGCCAUCUUGUGAAACACCACCGCCACCUAGUGAGCAAGUCCCAACAUUGUCAAACUCAACAGACGAACAGCAGGAGGCCAGAAAUAAAGCUAAAAUCGGCACUCCGUUGGUUGCAAAUCGUGGUUUUAACAAGUCCUAUCCUUGCACUAUCAAAUUUGACAAGAAUGACUUGGCCAUACUUGUGAAUAAGCAUCCCAGUGGUUGGUGGUAUGUUAACAUAGGGGGUCUUAAUGGAUGGACCCCUUCUGACAACUGGGAUCCUGUUGAGGUAACACCAGGGGAGACCUCGCCCAAAACUUCUCCAAGAACGUCACCAAGAACGUCUCCCCAGCUACAACGAAAGCACCCCGUGCCCAAAAAACGUAUAAUGGCAGCUACUCGAGACGAUGCACAAAAGUUGCAAGACGAUCCUAAGUCUAAAUUAAACCAAGAGUUUUGGUUUGUGGGGAAAAUGGCUAGACACGAAUCAGAAUCAGUUUUAAUACGAAAAGGACAAGAAUUAGAAUUCUUGAUACGGGAAAGCGUAAAUAGGGUUGGCGACUACACGUUAUCUGUGAAAUUUAAUGGAAAAGUUCGACAUUUUCCAAUAGAAACAACACAAGACUCCAAGUAUUAUAUCGGGAAGCACAAUUUCAAAGACUUGGCCGGAAUAGUGAGAUAUUAUCAAAGUAAACCUCUAUUUUAUGACGAUAAAAAGAUGGCGGUGAUGCUAGGGAAACCUUUCAAAAUGUCAUCCUCCUAAGCGUCACAUAAAUCUCAUCCUCCCUCGCAGGUGUCCAGAAUCCGUACCUC